AUGCCUCUAACAUUCCCUGCCUCCUUCUACUCUAAGAAGAGUGAUAUUCAGGAACACGAUAUUGUGCGAGGGGACAUCUGGUUUGAAGAUGGCAAUAUCUUCGUCAGAGCCGAGGAUCAUGUUUACAAGCUCUACUCCGGUCUUUUGUGUUCCCAGAGCGCCCUGUUCAACGACCUCCUUUGCCCUGCAGGUCCGGCAACAUCUGUUCCCCUUCCCACAUACCUCAGCUACAGCACUCCAUCCCAUGGUCAGCACGAGGACAACGGGCGACAGGAGGAGCAUCCGUUGAAGGUUCCCCACACUGCGGAGGCGUUCGGAGUAUUUCUGAGGUUUAUAACCGGGCAGGAAUCUAGCGACGAGUCAUUUGCUUCCCUUAUUAUGCUCCUGGACCUGGCGGGAUAUUAUCAGUCACCUAGAGCACGUCAGAGAGCCAUCAAGGUACUUGACACGCACCCUGACCUAACGCCCACCAUACGCAUGCACCUGGCCCGGGCCCACAAAAUUGAUGGAUGGGUAGAGCCUGCCUUCAGAAGCAUCCUUAGAGGGCCUUACCUGGAGCUGACGCCUUCCGACUUCGUCUACAUGGGCCACAAUGCGUCAAUGGCAGUUUCUACCACCCAAUAUGGGAUCGCCUUACAUCGUAUCCAAUGCGCUCUUUUCCCUCCCGAGGUCCACCACGUUUUUCGUUGUCAUGACGAGCGCAAGUGUUCUUCAAGUUGGACGAAGGCUUGGUGGGGAGAGCUGGAGGAAGGCAUGCAGGGAAUAGCGUUCCUCCUUCUGCACGAUGACAUGCGCAUGCCUGGUCGCAGUAUCCUGCAACACAUUGAGUCUCUUCAUGUCCCAGGCAUGCAUGAAGGGUGCAAAAGUCUCACCAUUGGUUCCCUCAAAUGUCUGAGCGACGAAGAAGGGCUUCUAUACGAAGAAGGUCUGGUUAAUAAAGCUGUCACCCAGCUGGAGGAGUUCCAGCGUCAGCUCAUUUAA